AUGGUGUUGGAGGACAGCUUCGUCCCUGCUUCCAGCUUCGCAAUCGGCGUUUCACAAUGGCAGUUUCGCAAUCGUCUCGGGGCUUCGCAAACGGCGUUUCGAAAAUUGCAGCUUCGCAAACGGCGCUUCCACCUUCCAGCUUCCGGCGCGGACAGGGGCCUCAAUAUGGUACCAGAGCCUCGCAAUCGAAGCUUUGCAGCUGUCGUCUCGGCAGUUGGCAACUCCAGCGCGACGGCACCAACGCUAGGGCAACAACACCAAGCUCCGGUCACUUCGUCUCUUCAACAACCUACCAGUGUAGAAGACUAUCGUAAUCCUCUGUUUAUCCACAUUAAUGAGAAUAUGAAUGCCGUUCUCGUCAGUCCGCCUCUCACAGGAGCAAAUUACAGUUCAUGGAGUAGGUCCAUGGAGAUGGCUCUUCAGCUGAGGAAUAAGUGGGGACUGAUCAACGGCAAGAUUCCGGCUCCGGAAGUUGAUGAUCCUGAGUUCGAAACUUGGAAUCGAUGCGAUAUUAUGGUGAGAUCUUGGCUCCUUAAGUCUAUUAGUCCAUCAAUUGCUCAAAGUGUUAUGUACAUUGGACGAGCUAGAGGCAUCUGGAAUGACCUGAAGAACAGAAAAGAAAAAGAUGAGGAUAAUGUGAUUCGUUUCUUGAAAGGCCUAAAUGAGGAGUUUGCUAGUAUAAAAUCAGGAGUACUUAUUCUAGAUCCAAUGCCUCCUGUAGAUAAGGUUUUUGGUAUGGCUAUCAAAUUAGAAAGACAAUUGCAGCAGGGUGCUGGAAACAUUAAUAUUGGCAAGGAACCUAUACAUGCUAAUGCAACACUUAUUGAAGCAGUGACUGAUGGAGUGAUUGCUGCUGUCAUACGAUUGAAAGAUGCUACAAAAAACAUGGAUAUCCACAAGGUUGGAUACCAGGUUAUAAGUCAAAGAAUAAGCAGGCUUAGAAUCAAGGAAAUACAAUCUCUACAUCAGCCGUUACCAAUCAACCUGCUAUUAAUUAGUACUGGUCAAGACAUUGGCAUUGGAAUUUCAUCUGAACAGUUUCAAAAGCUGGUGUCCAUGAUACAAAAUAAAGUUGCUCACACUAUUCCAAACACAUCUACUGCUGCCACGGUUACUACUACAGCUUCUGGUUUGACACCAAACUUUAAGGCCACAGGGGGGCAACCAUCUGAAGGUAAGUAUACAUUUGUUGCUACCGUUAAUACAUUGAUGAAACAAUCUAAUGUUUGGAUAUUGGACACUGGGGAAACAGAUCACAUAGUUUGUAGUUUGAGUUAUUUUGAUGAGUACGUCAGUGUUCAGGGUACUAUGGUUAAUAUGCCCAAUGGUGAUCAUGCUCCCGUCACACAUAUGGGGAAUAUAAAACUCUCUGAAGGUUUUUGGUUACAAAAUGUGCUCUACAUUCCUGCUUUUAGCUUUAAUAUUGUUUCAGCUAGUAAAUUGACUAAACAGACAGCAUGUAGUUUAAUUGUGAUGGCUGAUAAAUGCUUAAUCCAGGAGGGACCUGGUACGAAGAUGAUUGGCUUUGCUAGAGAGGAGAAAGGACUCUAUCACUUGAUCAGUCCACCCCCGAAGAAAGAGAGUUUUUCUUCAUUUUUUGAUAAAAUGCAGUGCAGUGCUGUGAGUUUAGAAGUUUGGCAUAAUAGACUAGGGCAUUUCCCUAUUAAUAAGAUGCAUUUUUACAUGAUGUUCAAUGUUCUUUUCCUGCUAAGGAGUUGA